AUGUACAACAUAAGCGGUCAGCUAAGAUUGAAAACCAAGAGUACAAAUCCGAUGAAUGACUUUGAAGUGGUAGCUCCGCCAGAUGAUGCCGUCUCUGCUUUGAAAUUUAGUCCGGCUGCAGUGCAACAGAAUUAUUUAAUUGCCGGCAGCUGGGAUAGCAGUGUACGAUGUUGGGAGGUGGAGCAAACCGGAAAAACUUUGCCGAGAGCUAUAAAAACUGUGGGUGGUUGUCCUGUCUUAGAUGCGUGUUGGUCUGAUGAUGGCACAAAAGUGUUCAUAGCCGCCGAAAAUCAAGUGAAAAUAUGGGAUUUACUUUCCGACCAGACAAUGCAAGUAGCCGCACAUCAAGCACCCGUUAAAACCUGCCAUUGGAUUAAGGGUAGCAAAUAUGCAUGCUUAAUGACCGGUUCAUGGGAUAAAACAAUAAAAUUUUGGGAUACGCGUUCCUCCAAUCCAAUGUUAUCUCUUAACUUACCUGAACGAUGUUAUUGCGCGGAUGUUGAUUACCCAAUCGCUGUAGUGGGCACAGCAGGAAAAAAUGUAGUUGUUUAUUCCUUAGAGAAUACACCAACCGAAUUUAAGAGACAAGAAGGCCUCUUAAAAUAUCAACAUCGGGCGAUCGCAGUAUGUAGGGAUAAAAAGCAAAACCCAACUGGGUAUGCCGUAGGUAGCAUUGAAGGACGUGUGGUUUUAAAGUAUUUGAAUCCACUUAAUCCUAAAGAUAGGCUUACCUUCAAAUGCCAUCGUUCAGCAGUUUCAGCGGCCUCUCAAGAUGUUUAUGCAAUCAAUGAUAUGGCAUUCCAUCCAAUUCAUGGCACUUUGGUAACUGUUGGCUCGGAUGGUACGUUUUGUUUCUGGGACGCAGAUGCUUGCAAAAGACUCAAGUGUUCGGAGAAAAUGAAUCAAUCGAUCACAAAAUGCAGUUUAAAUGCAAACGGACACAUCUUUGCCUACGCUCUCGGCUACGAUUGGUCUAAAGGGUAUGAAUAUUUCAGUCCCACCAAGAAGCCACAAAUCUUUCUCCGACGUUGCUAUGAAGAAUUGAAUCCACGAACUGCUUAA